AUGAAUGUUGUAAUGGAUUUCGAGCUCAACGCCAAGCUCUGCGAUUUCGGCUUGACUCAGUCCAUGGAGAAGACUCACAUAAGUCGGAGGGACAACGAAGGUGGAUCACCACGUUACAUGGCACCGGAACUGUUCGAUUCCCGGGGCAAGAUCACAGAGAAGGUGGACGUUUGGGCGCUCGGGUGCUUGAUCGUGGAGGUGAUCUCGAGCAGAUUGCCUCACGAGGAAUGCACGUCCAUCCAGCAAGUGAUGACGAAGACGUUGGUUCAUAAAACCCUGCCCUUCACAGACUGGCGUGGUGUGAGUUUGGAUGUUCAGAGACUUGCUGAGCUUUGCUUCGUUUUCCCCCCGGACGGCCGUGUCAGUGCCCAACAUCUUCUGGAGGGCCUGAAUAGAUUGACGCGAAAUUGA